AUGACUAUAAAUGGAAUGGUUGACUUUAUUCAACUGCUUUAUCUGGAAGAAUAUGAUCCUGAUAUUUCACAGUGUCUGAAAAAGUCAAGGCACAUUCACAAGUACACUUAUUCAAAUGAGAUCAUGGAAAUCGUGACUCUUAAAAUGGUGAGAGAGACAGACUUAAGAAAUUUUCUGGAAAGUGCUUCACUUUGCUGUUAUGUGAGUCCUAAUGAAUUUGUUUCUUUCUUUCUCUUUGUUGCUGCUAUUAGGAAACUGCUGGAAGACUGUUGUGAUCCCAGUCAGCUCUUUGCUAUGACAAAACAGAACUCUCCGCUGGGAAAGAACCUCUGGUUUGAUGGGGAAUUUUUACAUUCCUUUACUAUUGACAACGCAACUUACUCCCUUUUCCCACAGGCGACCCCCUUCCAGCUCCCAUUGAAGAAAUGCUCUGUGGUGGGAAACGGUGGGAUUCUGAAGAAGAGUGGCUGUGGCAGACAAAUAGAUCAAGCUGAUUUUGUCAUGCGAUGCAACCUUCCUCCUCUGUCCAGUGAAUACAGCAAGGAUGUUGGAUCCAAGACACAGCUGGUGACGGCUAAUCCCAGUAUAAUUGAGAAAAGAUUCCAAAACCUGCUUUGGUCUAGAAAAACCUUUGUGGACAGUGUUAAAGUCUAUAACCAUAGCUACAUCUACAUGCCAGCAUUCUCUAUGAAGACGGGGACAGAGCCAUCCCUACGGGUUUACUACACCCUGGAGGACUUUGGUGCCAACCAGACAGUGCUCUUUGCCAAUCCCAACUUCCUGCGUGACAUUGGCAAGUUCUGGAAGAGCAAAGGAAUCCAUGCCAAGCGUCUUUCAACAGGCCUCUUCCUGGUUAGCGCAGCCCUAGGUCUAUGUGAAGAAGUAACCAUCUAUGGCUUCUGGCCUUUUUCAGUGGACCUGCAUGGGAGGUUUAUCAGCCAUCAUUACUAUGACAAUGUGCUGCCUGAUUCUGGGUUCCAUGCCAUGCCUGAGGAGUUUCUACAGCUCUGGUUUCUCCAUAAAAAUGGAGUAUUGAGAAUGCAGCUAGAACAGUGUGAGCCGUUACUCCAGUCCUCCACUUAAGGGCCAUAAGGAAAGACAUGGAAGAUCCUCUUCAUUUUAAUUUCCACGUUCUCCAAAAAGAAAAUCAAAGGAGAAAGGGGAAAAUAUUUAUGGAUUUGUAGAGACCUUAAAGAUGCUUCUUGUUCCAUUGAUAAUGUGAAGGCCAAACAAGAGACAAGUCCUUCCCCACAGUGUUACAGAACAGAGAAAUAAAUAGUUCUCAUGGAAUUGACUCGACACAAGUAUGAAAUUACUGGUGGAAGCGGCACAGCUGAACCUGUCUGGUUCCCAUUUUAAAAGAUCAAUUUAAAAGGGGCAUUAAAGAUUGGAGGAAGGUGGGGCCUCUAAGGGCUUUUGCUGACUGUGCCAAAUGCUACCUGCUGUUGAAAAAUCCUUUUCAUUCCAGAUUAGUGCAACCCCCUUUCUUUCUUUGCUUCUUUCCUUUGUUACUCCUUUGUUCAAACCAGGGGUUGCUGAGUGUCAGAGCUUGAGGGUGCUUGUAGUCUGGUAAAACAGUGCCCAGUUUUUGUAAUAGAGCAACGCCUGGAUAUUGGAAACGCUUAUCUAACCCCAGUAUUGACACUACAGUUUACAACCAUGUUUAUGUAGCAUUAUGGUCUAGAGAUGGUUUAAAAACGGUAAUAAAUUUUAAUGAAACACUGACAAAUUCUUUGGGACAAUUUGAAGUAAAAAAUAAUCCAAGUCGCUUGGUUUUGACCUAUUGUUGUGGAAUAGCAUAUUUUGUCAUAAGGGUUGCUCCCGACCAAUUGACUCAGCAUUCUUUGUGUCUAAUUCCGUGUUCUUUCUUAUGUCAAAUGUUCAUUGACCUCAAUGGGAGUUUGAGAUGCACAAGGAACGGUGGACCAAGUUCUUCAUGUACUUGUAGCACAGACGUAUGCCAGUGAGUAUAGGUGUGUUUUUAAAAAUUUGGUAAAACAACGGAAAUCAUUUUUCCUUGAAAUGAUGUUCUGUUUGUGCAAUUAGAUCCCUUCCUGUUUGUACUGCAAUGCCAGCCUUAAAGUCUUAUUUUUUAUUUUUCUUCCCAGACCAUCUCUGGUCCAAGCUAUAAAACAGCACUUGGGAGUACAGGCAGUCCCUGGGUUACAUGGAUCUGACUUACAUCGGAUCCCUACUUACAAACAGGGUGAGGCAACCCCGCACUAGCUGCUUCCC